AUGGUACUUUCACAGCCCCCAAAGAAAAUUGCGUCAUCACCAGCAUCUGAAGGUCUUUCCAGAGGCAAAGGGAAGCAGGAUAGUGAAGCAAAGCAGUCAGAAACAAAAAAUGAUGCUAGUGAAACUGAGCCUGAAGAAGGGUCAGAAAGGAAGAAAAAAAAGAAGAAAAAGAAGAAAAAAACAAAGUCGCCCACUGAUGUAGAGAAACCUCAGAAUGAAUCUGCUACAAUACAGGAACCACCAAGGAUUGAGGAUGCUGAGGAGUUUCCUGAUCUGGCAGCUGCUUCUGAUAGGCGAAACAGGCUAGGAUCUCAGAAAUCAUCGUUUACUCCUGCUGUCAGAAAGCAGUCUGAAAUCCAACUCCCCGAAGAGCCUUGGGAUAGUCGGUCUCCCACGCUGGAUGGAACUCCCAAGGUGGAUGGACUGUCAGGGAAGCAAGCUUCAUAUUCUAUAAUAGAAAGAAAGAAAAUGCAGGAAGCAUCCAGGAGCAGUGGUAAGAAGAGUCAAAUUCCCGUUCAGUUGGAUUUGGGUGGCAUGCUGGCAGUCUUGGAGCAGAAGCAGCAAACAGAGAAGUCAAAACAGUCUUCUAAACCUGUGGUGUUUUCAGUUGGUGGUGCCAUACCAUUGCUUUCUAAAGAACCUGCUACAGCCACAAAAAGUCACCGGUUGAACCAAGGAAAGAUGCCUCAUAACCCUUUGGAUUCCAGCGCUCCUUUGGUAAAGAAAGGGAAACAGAGAGAAGUCCCUAAAGCAAAGAGACCAACACCUCUUAAAAAGAUUAUUCUGAAAGAAAGAGAACAACGAAAACAGCAACACCUGUUGGAACAGACAGCAGUACCAAAAGAUGAUGUUUGUCAGUCUGGAGAAAAUAUUACUGAAGAUAAAUUGCUUCUGCAGGAUAGUCAAGCAGCUGUUCCUGUAACACAAGUUGCUGAAGGGCUUCUGGAGAACACAGGGAUCAAGGAAUCUACAGAAGGUUCUAUGGCAUCAAAGCAGCUCACCUCCAGUCUUCCAAAAAUCCACAGUAGGAAGUUUAGAGAUUAUUGCAGCCAGGUACUUAGUAAAGAAGUUGACAGUUGUGUGACAGAUCUCUUAAAAGAACUCGUUCGUUUCCAAGAUCGCUUGUAUCAGAAAGACCCAGUAAAGGCCAAGAUAAAACGCAGGCUUGUUAUGGGUCUUAGAGAAGUUUUGAAACAUCUGAAGCUGAAAAAACUGAAAUGUGUCAUCAUAUCGCCUAACUGUGAAAAGAUUCAGUCAAAGGGUGGGUUGGAUGAGACUCUACACAACAUUAUCGACUGCGCCUGUGAACAGAAUAUCCCGUUUGUUUUUGCUCUUAAUCGCAAGGCCUUAGGGCGCUGUGUGAACAAAGCAGUGCCUGUGAGUGUGGUGGGAAUUUUUAGCUACGAUGGGGCUCAGGACCAUUUUCAUAGAAUGGUACAACUGACAACAGAGGCCAGGAAGGCCUACAAAGAUAUGAUAGCAGCUUUAGAGGAAGAAGCUGAAGGAGGACUUAGACAAACCCAAUCCACCAUCUUAACCACUGAAUAUGAAAAAAAUGGCUUAUCAGAAACUGGUAAAGUGUCUUCCAAGGACUCGGAUGAGGAUGUACCAAAUUACAUUAAAAUCUGGAAGAGAAAACUUGAAGAAGAGUAUAACCCAUAUGCACUGGAACUGGAAAGGAGUGCAGCUGCUGGCAUGGUGAUAGUGAAUUCAGAAGAGCAUCAGUAA